AUGGAGCAGCAGGCUGAGCAGAGGAGGGGCGCCGAUGGUCCCGGGGGCCUACCAUCCGCAUUCAGGCCGGUGGUAGGCCGGCGAGGCCUGAUUCCUUAUGUCCCCAGGCCUGGGCCUCUGCCCAGGAACCUCCACAGGCAGCGCUCCAGAGAUGAAGCUGCCCCCUGCCCCCAGGCCUCCGGUGUGAGCUCGGGUGGGCGAAACGCCAUCGCCAGCUCCUACAGCUCCACCGGAGGGCUGCCGGGACAGCGCAGGAGGGCUCUAGCCGCUGCGCGCACCAGGCCGCCCCGGAAGGCUGCCAAAGAUCCCAGGGAGCACAGCUCCCAGACCCCGAGUUCACAUCCAGGAAAGCCCCAGAAGGCGGGGAAGGAGAACGUGGCAGACAUACCAUCCAGAGAGGCAGAAGAAAGGAAGGUUUUCCUGCCCGCAGCAGAGGGUGCUGGCCCAGGAAAACGAAAGAUCCCCCUCCUGCGGCCCAGGCAAGGGGCCCUUCUCAUACUGCCGCCACCUCCCAAACUGAGCUAUAAGGUCACCGCGGAGCACAUAGCUCGGGAGAAGGAGGCAGCAUUCCAGCUAGUCAGCAGAGCGUUGAUGGGUAAGUCCCAGGCCCCAAAGGGGGGCAACACCACGCAGCCUGCCCACUCGCCUUGCCUUCCUGCCCCAGGGACGGCUCCUGCAGCCACUAUUCCUGCAGGGAAGAGCAAUGACAGGAUGUCCGAGGCCCCCGGGGAGAGCGACAGCACACAGCCUGCCGGCUCUCCUUGCCCACCUGUCCCUGGGACUGCUCCACCCACAGUCCCUGCAGGGAAGCACAAGAACAGGAAGUCCCAGGUCCCCAGGGAGAGCGACACCACGCAGCCUGCCCACUCGCCUUGCCUUCCUGCCCCAGGGACGGCUCCUGCAGCCACCAUUCCUGCAGGGAAGAAUAACAACAAAAAGGAGCAGGACUCCAAGGUCUCUGGGCCCCCCAGCACCUGCUGCUGUGGCCCUUCAGUGCAUACUGGGCCUAGAAGGAAGCACACUUCCACUGCACCCCUCCCGAGCUCACAGGCCUCUUCCUCUCCACAGCCAUAUCCACAGGCUCUGCUCCCCAGUCAGAGACAGAAAGUGGGGUGA